AUAAAUACAGGGUGCCGAUCUUCAAAAAGACUCACAACUAUUUUGCUGCCAAGAGAAGACAAACCACUCCUGCGAGACCAUGGCACCACACUCAAAUACGCUCUCCACUUUUGACCAUCUACGUUUUGGCGAUAGGGACAAAAUUAAGCUGAGGAAACCAAUUGUUGAGAAGAUGCGCAGAGACCGCAUCAACAGUUGCAUCGACCAGCUUAAAGAUCUUCUUGAGAAAGAGUUCCACAGCCGUGACCCUAACAUCAAACUUGAGAAGGCCGAUAUCCUGGAGAUGACGGUCAGCUUUCUGAAACAACAGCUCUCAGGAGAGCUGGCUAAAAGGGAUUAUAAUGAAGGCUUCUCUAAUUGCUGGAAAACAUCUGUCCAUUUUCUUAGUAUUCACUCCAAUGGCGGAGGAUCUGGCCGGGAGAUGCAGCAUCUCCACAAUGCCCAGCAAACAAUCUCAUCUUCUGCACCCUCUUCUAAACUGAGCACAGCUGGUCUACAACCGCUUGAUACCAGGAGACCCGUAUGGAGACCCUGGUAGAAAUGCUAAGACUGAGAGUUGUACACCUGAGGGAUUGUUUUAUUAACGUCUCUCAUAAUAGUAGGAGAUGUUAUUUCCGAAAUGUAAAGUUUGGUGAGUCGUCAUAUUGAUUGACAGAAACUUUAGACAAACAGGUGUUUGUCAGUGGAAGAAGGUGGUUUUCCUGUAUAGCCUCUUGUUCUGUAUCUAUAGCUCUUAAUGUGAUUUUUUUUCUUCUAAAUGUUAUAAUGUUGUCAGUUUUAUUAAUAUUUUGUAUAUUUAAUUGAGGUUGACUCCAGUGGAGUUUGUGGUUCAUGUAUCAGAUCUUUAAACUGGUUUUGUACUUAAAAAAGUUUUUAUAAAAGUGUAUUUCUAUUGGUGCUGACUAAUUCUGCAUUGUUUGUUAGAUAAGGCAUGUUGUACCUUUGAUAAAGGUUUGUUAUUUGUUGUCUUGACUCUUUACAAAGUUGUUUUUGUAUUUUGUUUCGCAAA